UUAUUUUAUUUACAUUACGGACGCUAUAAAAGCCGAAGAAGUUCACUGACAAGGGUUAGUUGAAUCGAAGAACUUAUCCGAGUGUCGGUUUUAGUUUAGUGUUUAUCGAAGAUUUCAAUCACUUUAAAAAGGCUGUGCAGCAAAAUGGCUUCAGUCAUACCAGCGGUGACUCAAAUCUCCCCGAAAGUGACCAGAAUCUUGGGAUGCAAUCCCGGAUUUAUGACCCUGCAAGGCACCAAUACCUACAUUGUAGGAACUGGAAAAAGGAGAAUCCUGAUCGACACAGGAGACGCGGACGUCCCACAAUACAUAAACCAUCUUAGGAACGUGUUGACAUUCGAAAAAAUCGAUAUUGCUCAUAUAUUCUUGACUCAUUGGCAUCAUGACCAUGUUGGGGGCCUGGCUGACAUAUUGGAAGAAUUACCAGAGUUUACUAGCAACUGUGAAGUGUGGAAAUAUCCUCGUUAUGAAGAUGGGAAAAUCUAUCAUGAUCUGUGCUCUUUUAAAGAUGGACAAGAAUUUUCAGUGGAAGGGGCCACAAUUAGAGUUUUACAUACUCCGGGGCAUACUACUGACCAUGUCGCUUUUCAUUUAUUGGAGGAUAAUAUAAUUUUUAGUGGGGAUUGUAUUUUGGGGGAGGGUACUGCUGUUUUUGAAGAUUUGCACGAUUAUAUGGAGUCUUUGAGGAUUAUUUUGAGAGCUAAACCCAGUAUUAUUUACCCUGGUCAUGGAAAUAUUAUUUAUGACCCAAUAGAAAGAAUUAAAUUCUACUUGGAACACAGGCAACAACGCGAGCAACAAAUCAUUGAGGUCCUUAUUAACAAUAGCAAAUAUUCAUACACUGAGAGGGAAUUAGUUGCCCUAAUUUACUCAGAAUUGCCUGAAAAAUUGAUGAAAGCUGCUGAGGGCAAUGUGAACCAUCAUCUGCAAAAACUCCUCAAAGAAGAGAAAGUCAAACGUGUCAACUGUAGAUGGCAGUUUAAUGAUGUGACUGUGUAUUAAAAACAUUUUUUUGUCUUUUUAUAUAAGGCUUUGUGAUAUAUUUAGGACUAUAGGGACAUUUUAGUCAGUCUCUGUGGUUACUUUUGACUGGUUCUGUCGAAAUUUGACGUAUGUCAUUUUUUGCUUACUUGUAUAUAUUAUGGUUAGGUUUAAGACUCAUAUACCAUAACUGUUAUCAUAUUUGUGUAUAUCAUUCUCAUGUUCUAGGUUAAAAGAUAUUUUUUGAAUAAAAAUAGUUAAAAAAUA